GAGUCACAGAAGUAACCGCAGUAAGUUUUCUUCAUGUCGAAAGUCGUACGGUACGCUUCCUUACAGACCAUUUUUACAGAGCAUUCCGCCGCCUUCUCUCACAAUAAAAUCACUAUUCUAAUUUGAUUUGUACCAGCCUUCGAAAAGACAUAGCCCAAAAUCUGGUUUGGAUACCAUCGAACCGCACGAUAACGAUGUAUUAAGAUCGUUCAAGGAUGCACCCAAGCAUUUAACACAGCACGAGGGUAAUUUAUACUUGCAACAGGUUCUUGAGAUUUAUGCGUCUACUUUCGUGGAGGCGUUGUAUGAUUCCGAUUCAGAUGUUUUGAUAAAUAGAUUUACCGAGGCCAUUGUUUGCGAUAUCCAGAAAACUAGAAAGCCACUCGGUCGCUUUCUGGAGUACAGUACAAGGGAAAAACAAUGGGUGGAAAUGGAUCAAGAUGAAAUCUUUUUCGAAGUAAAACGAAGCUUUUUGAGGCGUCUGAAAAGGAAGAAGGCUCGAGUCCGCCAGGAAGCCUCAGAAAAUAAGAAAAAGUCCCAUAAGAGGAGUCGUAGUGAACAGGGCGCGACUAAGCUGUCGACAAAUACACCAGAGAGACGUCUGGGUGAACAAAAUGGUAUUACGAAACCGCAUCUCCAUGAUUUUUUGUUGAAUUACGAGGGGAAAUCCCAUCUAGGCAACAUGGCAUUUCACGAAAUUGUAUGCAAAUACAAGGCACAGUAUGAUCAACUUGAAUCAGCAGGCCUUUCUAGCGACCUACUAUUAAAAACUCGCAGCGAAUUUGCCUCGCUCAUGCUCAAGGACUACCUGUCAAUCUUUGCGAACCCACCCGGUCGAUUUCUUCAGUUUAACAAAGAAUCGCAAACGUGGAACGAUAUUGGAUACGAGAAGGCAAAAAAGAAGAUGAUAGAACUCUUCUUAGACACUACCCUUGAUCCGCCGGUUGAAGGGCAGAUUCGACAGUUGCAACAAAUGCGGACGCCGAAGGCAACGAUGCGCAAAAAAAUAUCCGUCGCCAUUGCCGGAUCAAUGGAUGAUUCGCAACGAUCGCAACAUUCGCAACAUUCACAACAGUCUCAACAAUUAAAGCAAAUGAAUCAGCUUCAGCGAUCAAAAAACAAACCCAAUAUUGAAUUCAAUACGUCACUGAACGUUGCAGCAGAAGAACUAAUAAAAAGGUUGAAGAAAAAUUGGGAGAAGCAAAACCAACAGACGUCAUGUUUAGCGACACAAAAUGACACCUUGCGACCAUCACAUCAGCAACAACAACUACUGCCACAUUCCGAUGCGCAACCAUUUGUAGCAAUUCCGGAUUCCAUACCCGAACCAACACCAAUAUCUCUAGAUGGUAAAAAUCGCAAUCAAAAUAUGAAUCCAACUUCGACUGGUGACGAAUCGUCACGAAAUGAUUCCAUUCAGAAACAAGCAAAUAGGAGAAUGCCACAUCAACAACAAGCAUCACUCCCAAAUUUUGGCGGACAAACGACGAUGAAUGGAACAAUACAAGAAUGGAUGAAUUUGAAUGGAAUCGUUGACAAACAAAUCAAGAAUCUACAAUGGCAAAGUUUUCAGGCCUUGCAAUUCCAAGAAAAGUACGUAAAGCAAGCAACGAAUUUGCAGCAGCAGAUCCAGCUCUUACAAACGUAUGAAAUGCAACUGAAUCAGUUUCCUAAACAACUUCAACAGCAACAAAAUGCUGAGGAGUGUAAGCAAUGGCUACAGCAGCUACAAACAGAAUUCCAAGGGCAGUUGCAACAACUCCAAGCGCAGCAGCAGAAGGAACAACUCCAACAUCAGCAUAUACAACAAGAAAAGUUGCAACAACUACAAAAGAAACAGGGUGCUGAGGUUCAGCAGAACCAAAAACAGCAACAGCAGGAAUGUGGUCAACUACAACGUCAGAUACAGAAGCAAUACGCGACGCAGCAGCAGCAGCUGAGCGUUCAACAACAGAUGAACAAUCAAACGCCUUCACCUCAAUUUCAGCAAACAGUCAACCAACAGCAGCAGCAAUAUGAACAACAAAAUCAACAGCAUCACUAUGCUAACCUACUGGAUCGGCAAAAGCAGAUGGGGCAGCAGAUGGAACAGAAGAUGCAACAUCAAAUAAAGCAGAAUUCACAACAGGCCACACAACAUUUUGCGACUCAGCAACAAAAGCUCAUGAACGCUGAGCACCAGAAGGACCAACAGGUAGCGUUGAUUAACCACCAAAUUGAGAUUGCGUUGCGACAGCAGAAUCACCAGCAGAUUUUAUUUUUGCAGCAACAAUUGAAUCAGAAAAAUGAAUUUCAGAAUCAACAAAACACUACACGGCAGAUCAUGAAUCUACAACAAAAAGAACGAGAACUUGCGAACCUGCAAAACCAAGCCUUGCAAAAAACUCAGGCUCAGUCUCAUUCUGCUGUAGCAAAUCUCCAAGAAACCUCGAAAAAGAUCGUAGCAAGCAGCGUCAACCGCGCCACAAAUAACAAGGUGAUCGAGCUAUCGGACAGCGAAUCUGAUGACGCGGAUCUCUUUCAUACGUUGUCUUUCAGCGAGUUGAGUAAGACGAGGAAAGAAACUGGAAACAAUGGCGGUGACGAAUACGCUAGCGACAACUCAGAUGAAUCUCUUGUGUUUUAACAAUGACUGGGUUCUUCAAGGCAAUACAUCUAUCCUUUUUAA